GCAAUUAAUUGUGGUCAAAAUACAAGUCAUGGCAUGCGAAAAUCAGCUCUCCGUGCACAAUCCAGUCAGCUGCAAGACACCAAAGACUGAAGAUACGAAUUUGGCAAUGGAUCACAGCCUGGUGUGGAUAUUUCUGUUGGGUGCCGUGUACUGGGCCAGAGGUGCACGCAUCCUGGGAAUCUUCCCCACACCGUCCAUCAGUCACCAGUUGCCGUUCCAAACCAUCAUGAAGGCCUUGGCAGCGAGAGGACACGAAAUUACUGUCAUCAGCACUGACCCUCUCAAGACGCCAGUUCCAAACUACACAGACGUGGACCUCUCCUUCUCAUAUGAACACUUCCAUGCCUCAUUAGACUUCACAACAAUGGACCAGUCUACGGCAUACGAACUCGUAGGACGAAUGGUUCCCGUCAUGAACAAGGUGCUCGAGAAACAGUUCAGUUCCUCGCAGCUUCAAGAAUUUAUUAGGUCAAAUGCAACGAAAUAUGACCUUGUGUUUCUGGAGGCGUUUUUGUACCAAAGCUAUCAUGGUCUCAUACACCUCGUGGGAUCUCCACCUGUCAUAGGAAUAUUGUCCCUUGAGUGCCUCUGGACUGUGGGGAAUGUAAUGGGGAAUCCCAGCAAUCCUGCUUUUGUUCCGGAAAUUCUACUGUCGUAUGGAAACCGCAUGACGAUUUAUGAGAGACUACAAAACAUGCUAUUUUGGUUAUGGAUAAGGUACAAAAUAUACACGGAAUGGGUUCCAGAGCAAGAAGCUAUCAUGAGGAGAUUCUUUGGCCUCAGCCCCCCUCCUGUUAUUGAUGCAGAAAAGAACAUAAGUCUGCUUAUGCUCAGCUCCAAUUGGGUGUUCAACUACCCCAUCCCUCUUAUGCCAACAGUAGUGACUUUUCACAGCUUGCACAUCAAGAGCACAAAUGACACACUGCCAAAAGACCUACAGACGUUUCUUGAUGAAGCUGAAUAUGGUGUGAUAUACUUCAGUCUUGGUUCCAAUGUGCGUAGUGAUCGUAUGCCACAAGAGAAGAGGCAUGCUUUUCUUAGCGCUUUCUCUGAAUUGCCACAGAGAAUUUUGUGGAAGUGGGAGUCAGACAAUCUGCCUGGACAGCCACCAAAUGUGAAGCUUGGCAAGUGGUUUCCACAGCAGGACAUUCUAGCUCACCCCAACAUCAAGCUAUUUAUAACACAGUGCGGUCUCCAAAGCUUCCAGGAGGCUGUAUAUCAUGGUGUGCCUAUGCUGGGAAUCCCGUUCAUUGCAGAUCAGAAGUACAACGCCAAAAAAAUAGUCACUGAAGAAAUUGGACUCCAGUUGUUAUUUCAUGAGCUAACAAAAGAGACACUACUGACCACUAUAAAGGAAAUGAUUAAUAACUCCAAAUACCGAGACAAUAUAAAGAGAAUAUCUGCCAUAUCCAAAGAUGAACCCGAGAGUUCACUGGACCGAGCUGUGUGGUGGGCAGAGUACACAAUACGUCACAAGGGAACCAAACACCUGAGGUCUUCUGCGCCUGAUUUGGCAUGGUAUCAGUAUUUAUUGUUAGAUAUUGUAGCACUUAUAUUUUUUGUUUUUGCAAUUACAAUUUGUAUAUUAUACCUUUCCUUGAAGAAUGUCUAUAUGUAUAUAACUGGAAACCCUUAUAAAGUAAAAUCAAAACAUGAUUAGACAAAAUAUGCCAACAUAUGUUAAAAUGUAAAAUAUGUCACAGAUACAUGGAUAUUUUUUAGAAAAGAUUAAUUCCAAAGAUCUAGCUUUGUACAGGAUAUGAAUACACAGUUAGAAACACAAUAUCUGCAACAUCGUGUAAAGAAUAGAGACAGAUUAACAUUAAUAAUGCAGAAAUAUAUAUGCAUUUUAAUAAUUUUACACUUAAUUUUUAAGAGCUCUCUUGAUGAUCAGACAGACACCUAUUACAUGUUCUACAUGAUUUUCAGUAUAAUUAAACGGAAUUUUAUGAAACACUGUA